CCAGAUUCAACUCUGACGACAUCAAUGGCGAGCACACCGGAUUCCCUCCCAGCCGUAUCCGAGCCUCGGGUUACGAAGCCCAGGAGGCCGCACACCAAGUCGCGGACAGGGUGCACCGCUUGCAAGAAGAGAAAGAUCAAGUGCGGUGAAGAAAGGCCCAUCUGCAGCAAUUGCCAGAGGCGCAAUGAAACAUGUCACUUCAUCCUCAGACCCCUCCCAGCGAACUCGUACACAAAGCCACUACCCGCCCCGUCAGCAUCACCAUUACCAUCCACCCCAUGGACUCUGGACAUGCUAGACAUGGAACUAUUGCACAACUUUUCCACCUCUACAUACGCGACUCUCAGCGAUGACCCUCUGAUCCGAGAUUUAUGGCGGGUGCGUGUGGUAAAGCUCUGCUUCACUUGUGACUACGCCAUGCUCGCCCUCCUCUCAGUGUCUGCUAUACACUUGGCACAGUUCUCGCCCAGUAGAAGCGACCUGCUUCAUGAGAGAGCGAUUGAGUGCCACAACAAGGCAUCAAACAUCGCAACCCAGUACAUGUCAAGGCUUGACGAGGGCAGCAACAGUCAAUGCCUGUUCGCCUUUUCCAUCCUUACUAUUUACUUCGCGUUUGCAAGCUCGCCCAUGGAUGACAAUUGGUCCUAUCCCCAGUGGAUGGUCUUGAUUGGAGGGUGUAGGAGCUUCAUCGGCAUGGCCAACGAAAGCAUUCUGGCUGGGCCAUUCGCCUGUAUGAUGAAAAAGGCAGCACAUCAUCUGGCAGCCAGAGACCAGGUUUUCCAGAUCGACUAUGUGCGAGAUCUGCGCUGCCUAGUAACGAGAUCGGUCGAAGACGAGCAACGUCGCCGCAUCUAUGACACCGCUCUAGACGCGCUGAACCAGACAUUCGGCGUCUUCUACGAAGUUUCGGGACAGAGAGAUCUGGUGGAUAUCUUUUCCUGGGUGGUUUUAGCCGAAGACUUCCUUCCGUUGCUAGCGGACGAGGAGCAGGAGGCACUGGUUGUGCUGUCAUACUUCUGUGUGCUCUUAAAUAAGCUGUCACGGCAAUGGUGGUUGGAUGGGUGGGUCAAUGGCCUGAUGGAUAAGAUCUAUGCAGUAUUAGAUGAGGAGCAUCGGACUUGGAUUAUUUGGCCGAUGGAGGAGAUUGGGUGGUUGCCGAGAGAAUAG